AGUUGGGUAUGGCAUACAAUGUUAUAAUUAUUGGAUAGCCCCACGUGCAUAUUUACGGGAAAUUCGACGACUUCCAUGGCUUGUCAAGAAGAUGUUGCCAAUAGUCCACUUUUUGAACUUUGACCAAACAUUUCGCAUAAUAAUUCAGUGCAACAAUCCCCCUUCUUGGUUUAAAAGGCUGCCAACUAAGCAGGAGUUAAAGGAAUGCAUCGAGGGAGGGCGACUAAGGCAACUCAUUGUGAGGGUUAUUUUGGCUGUCAUAUUCUUAAACCUAUAUUCCAGGAUGGCUUUUUAUUUACAUGCAACUAUUGCCGUUGGGUCCAUUCUUGCUGUAAUAUUUAGAGGAUCAAAAGGUCCAUUAUUUCUAGCAGUUCUGUAUGGCAUGCUAUGUUUUCAUCAUUGGUCAGCAAGGCGGGCAUAUUUACGGGAAAUUCGACGACUUCCAUGGCUUGUCAAGAGGCUGUUGCCAAUAGUCCACUUCUUGAACUUUGAUCAAGCGUUUCACAACAUAUUUCACUACAAAAAUCUUCCACCUUGGUUUAAAAGGAGUCAACGCCGGAUCAUUAGACAGAAUUUGUAAGGAGGAGAGGCAUGCAAUGACAGUCAUUUGGUAUAAUUCGAAUAAUAGAUGCUCUGAAGAAUUUGUUCUGGAUUCAUUUUAUGAUUUGAUUUUAUGUUCCAUCCACUUUAUUAUGGAUCCAUUUGGUAUUUAUGAACUGUCUAUCAAUUUUUUAUUA